UUAGUUAACAGAAAUUAUUAAAUUAAUCUUAAUUAAUAAUACGAAUUUACUUACGAUUAAUUUAAUAUUCUACUCAAUAGGAUUUUGGUGAUUUUAUUAACCAAAAUUAAUAUCUCACUUCAAAAUUUACAUUUAAAAAUGAAUGAACAAAUAAAUGAAGAAGUGAAUGUAGUAGAACAACAAAUCUUUUAAAAUGGAGGCCAAACUAAAUAGAAUCAGUAAGCUUAAGUAAUCAAGAAAGUCAAGAAAGAUAAGAACAAAAAUUAAAGAAAAAACAUGAAGAAUAAUGCUUAAAUACUAACUGAAGAAGAAAAAGCUGUGAAUAAGUUAAUGGUAGUCUCUUCGAGCAAAGAGAAUUCUCUUUCUAGAUAAAUAAUAGAAGAUAUUAAUAAGGAUAAUCAUGAACUUAUAUAGGUAGAUUUAAGUCAUUCAUCUCUUAAAGACUCGAAUACGAGCUGCGGAUGGGAUGAUGGGUUUCAUAUUAACUAUCAUUUUUGUGAUUUAAAGCACUUUUGUUCCUAGAUGUAGUCUUUAGAUGAUUUAGAUAAAAUGCCUUAAAAAAAUCAAAACUAAAAAGAAUCAGGAAACGAUAAUAAAAAUUAGAAGGAUACAGGGAAGUAAAAUAAUUGUGAUAAUUGCAUGCAUAAAAUGAGAUAUUCUCCUUACUUUUAACUGAAGAAACAAGAAAUCGCAUCACAAGACAGAUGUAGAACUAUUUAUUAAAAACAAUACUAAUAAAUAAUGUAAAAUGAUUAAGUUUGCUAAUGCAAAGAUUUUCAAUAAUAGUAAAAUAUUACUCAAAAUGGGUUAGUUGAAAAAUCUGUCUCCACAGUGAAAUCCAUCUAUUUUUAAAAAUCGAGCUAAUUUCAGUUUAGUUCUAAUAAAAAAUUUAUAAAAAUGCUGAGAAAACAGUCUUAAAAUAUAAGCUAUUAAACAUAAUAGCAGCAAAAGUAGGAUAAUGACUAAGAAAUUGCUCGUAUAACUAGAGCAGAUAUGAAUGGAGAAAUAGUAUAGCUGAAAGAUAUAUACAGAAAUAAAAAAAAUAUAAAUGUAAGUUCUUAUGAUGAUGAUAUUUUAAAAUAGAAAUAUGAUGGUAAUUUCCAUCAAUUUCACUCUAAUUCUUCUGAAAGGCAAAGUCUAAGAAGCCAAUAUAAAGCCAUUCUAGAUUAUUACAGUAUUCCUUCACCAAAACUGUCAUAAAUAAAGUUUAAUCCGAAUUAAUUAAAGACAACUAAUUCAAAUGUUACUUCAUAAGGGUAAAAAAUAAAAAUUGCUGUGGAUAACUAAAAGCAAUAAAAAGUUUCUAUAAAUCAUGUUAAUGCUGAAAAUAAUUAUUGCUCUAACAAGAAUAACAUUUACUCAUCACCUAAUUUUUAGGACUCCAGUGCUUUGUAGGAAAAUCCAUUUAGAACUAUCUAAUCUACUUCACCAUUAUGCUAGAAAAAUUUAAAUGAAAGCCAUCCCAUCUAAAGAUUAGCUCCAUUAGAUGUUCCUGGCGAAGAAACAAAGUCAUUAUUUAAUUAACAAAAUAAAAAUAUUAAUUAAAAAUUAUAUAAAACAUCACCUCUCUCCAAGCAUUGUAGCUCUCCUUUUGAUAGAUUAGAUUAGUUAUAGCAUCCUUAGGUUUUAAAAAAUAGCUUUAAAAACAUAAAAAAAAUAUUUUUUAAAACUCCUGAUUCUGCCAUCAGCCACGGGAGUGAGAGCACUUUAGAACAUAGUAGAUUGUAAGAGGUGAAAAAAAAUGACAAUUCCUCAAAUACAUCUAACUAUGAGACAAAUUUACCUAAGCUAAACUAAAAUUAUUAAGCCCAACAAAAUAAUAAAAUCAAUCCUGAACUAAAAAAUUAGGCUAGCCAAAAAAACUUAAACUAACGCAUGCAAAAACAUAAAUUAGAAAAUGAAUUACUCAGAACAACUACAAGUGAUGUAAGUGAUACGUCAUUAGACCAACCGCUUGAAUAGAGAGAGGAGGUGCUAUAAAAAAUUGAGACUUAAGGCUUUUAAAAAAUUUUUCUAAAAGAGCAUAAUUAAGCAAAGAAUUAGAAAAAAUGUAAGGACUUGCACAACUCUGAUGAUAAUAUUGCAAAUAAAGAAAAAGAUGAGAAUAAAUAUGAGAGUGUAAAUGAUAGAUAAAAUAAUAUGCUAAAAAAAUUAAGUCCAAAUAAAUAAAAUGGAAAAAAUGAAUUAUAAUUGUAAUAAAUACUUGAGCAAUCGCAUGAAUAAGUUCAUGCAAAUAAAGUGAGAUUUAUUUAGAAAAAUAAAUAAAAUACAGAAUAGAAUCGGCAUAUUGAUGAGCAUAAAAAUCAAAAAUAAAUAUUAAGCGAAGAUUCGUCAAUAAAAAGUAGUAACAAUAAAAAUUAAUUGGUAAAUUAAAGACAGUAGAUUAUAAAUAAUUAGAAAUCUAUAUAAUUAAAUAAAAAUGCUUAAAGUGGGGAGAAGGAAUCGGAUGAAGGUAUCAGAGAAACCAUAAAAAUAAAUUAGUAAAAUUUUUAAAAUAACAAAAGAAGAUUAGCACUCUACAAAUGUUAACAAAAAGUAAGAGUUACCUGUAAAAAAUGCAAGCAGACAAAAAGAUAUUUAGCAUAAUAAUUAAAAUCAGUCUGA